AUGGCUUCAAUUCCACCAAUGAUAUCUUUAAUAAACAUUUUCUUUGACGAGGAGACAGCUCUCAAGUUUCUCCAAAAUGAGAAAAUUAUAAAAAAAGAAAUGGAAUGUCCUGCAUGUGGAAGCCCAACUUCUUUUCAAAGGGCGAAACUUCUUUUUAAAUCCACCCAAAUAAGCUGCAGAAAAGCCGUAAAUGCCAAGAAUGGAACGUUUUUUGCUGACCAACGCCUUUCUUUUGGUAAGAUUCUUCACAUGGCUUACCUAUGGUUGUUGAAGACUCCAGUACCCUUAAUAAUAGGUCAAUGUGAAGUCAAUAGUACAACUGUCUGCUCAUUCUUAAGCUAUUUCCGUCAACUUGUAACGGAUGCUUUGGAAACCGAAGAAUGUGUUGUCGGUGGAGAAGGCAUUGUUGUGGAAAUAGAUGAAACCAAGAUGGGUAAACAGAAGUACAAUAGGGGGCAUCCUGAAGAUGGAGUCUGGGUUGUUGGCGGUGUAGAAAAGACGAAGGAAAAACGCGUUUUCUUUGUUCCUGUUGAAAAACGAGACAGUGAUACGUUUCUUGACGUCAUAAAGAAGCACGUUGCACCUGGGUUCAUUAUUCACACUGAUCUUUGGGAAGGUUACAAUGAAAUUGAAAAAAAAUUGGGAUUCAAACACUAUACGGUAAACCAUAGUGUAAGUUUCAAGGGUCCAAAAACUGGCAUUCAUACGAACACCAUCAAAGGGACAUGGAAUGGCUUAAAACUAAUGAUUCCGGCACAAGAAAGGACUAAAAAGGACAUGAGAGUGCGUCUGUAG